UUCAUUACCUCACGCUUCGGGGACUGUGCGAGCGACCGGCAGCUAGACAGCCCGUCUGGCCUAUGGAAGAGAGCGACAGAGGGGGUCGGGCAGGCGGUGCCGAGCGCUCGCCAAUGCCCGGACAGCGAGGGCGGGAGUUUGGCUGAGCUGCCGCGCCGGCUUGAGACUGGUUCCCAGUAGCGCCAAAGCAAGGGAGAGUGAGGUUAGGCUAGUAGGAGUUGCUGCUUCCUCCGAGAGCCGGCGCACAAUGGCUGACAGUAAAGCAAAGUCGACCAAACCUGCAAAUAAGACUCCUCCAAAAUCUCCUUCUGAUCCAGCAAAGGACCGAGCAGCAAAAAGGUUAUCCUGUGAUUCAAACAGCUCCCAUGAGGGGGCUGUGGCAGGAGACUUGAGUGCUCUGGAAGAGUCCUUUAGAAAGUUUGCCAUACAUGGUGAUACAAGAGCCACAGGAAAAGAAAUGCAUGGGAAGAACUGGUCAAAACUGUGUAAGGACUGUCAUGUAAUAGAUGGGAAGAAUGUGACAGUCACAGAUGUUGACAUUGUCUUCAGUAAAAUCAAGGGAAAGUCUUCUAGAACUAUCACUUUUGAGCAGUUUAAAGAAGCUCUUCAGGAACUCUCCAAGAAACGAUUUAAAGACAAGAGUGAUGAAGAAGCAGUUCAAGAAAUAUAUAAACUAAUUGAAGGAAAAGCCCCAGUUAUAUCUGGAGUAACGGUAUGUUACUGGUUGAUUGAAAGGAUGGAUUGUUCUAGCUGUCUUUUGUUCUACCCCAGAGUUGUUAUAUUCACCUGCUUCCUUCUACAAUCCACAAAUCCAAGCAGUAUGCUUCUGGGCAUGGAGGCAACAAUUAUACAACACCUGAAUAUUGCACUGCUGUGUAUGCUUGGGUGGCAGUGUCAUUGCUUCUCUUGGGAAUCAUAGUACCACCUAGCAGGGUGGUCAGAAAAAAUGAACAAGGUAGCAUGUGAUUAAAAUACAGAAAUGUUUAUUAAGAGUGGUAUACCCAAAUAAAAAAUAGUGAAUGUAGAAGUUCAUCAAACAGUUCUAAGGUGAUGUGUGAAAUAC